AUGGAUGAGAACUUGAGCAGGGGCUACGUGGCCCUGGGAAAACGCGGCAACGUCUGUCCACUGGCUACGCCUCCGGUAGACAACUUUGGCAAGACUUACAUGGCUAUGGUGCUGGCGGGCGCCGGUUUUCUAUUCCCGUACAACAGUUUUGUCAUGGCUGUCGAUUACUUCCAAAACAAAUAUCCUGUUUCGAUGGUAGUUUUCGAUAUGACGAUCGUGUAUAUCAUGGUGGCGUUUGUUGCCGUACUCACCAACAAUCUGCUCGUCGAAACACUGUCUUUCACGUGUCGCAUCAAUAUCGGUUAUGGACUGACGAUUUCGAUGCUAUUGUUCGUGGGUGCUGUGGAAAUUUUGUGGGAGGAAUUGUUCACUCUGGAUACGUCAUAUUGCCUCAACUUGGUAGCCAUUGGACUUAUUGCAUGGGGAGCGACAAUCCAACAGUCGAGUUUUUAUGGAUACACCAGUAUACUGCCUAUAAAAUACACGCAGGCCGUCAUGAUUGGAGAAAGUGCUGCAGGGCUUUGGGUGUCCAUUAACCGAAUAUUCACGAAAAUGUUGACAAAGGACUUACGAGUAAGCACGUUCAGUUUCUUCGUGAUAAGUCAUCUGGUAGUGAUGACGUCAUGCGUGUUGUUCCAAAUAGUGCAAUCGUCUGAUUUUGUCAAAUUUUACAUUGCCCGGAGUGAAGAUUCGAAGAAAAAGAUUUCAUUGGAACCAACCGAAGAAUAUAUCGAUUCCGAACAAUCCCAACCAGAACCAUUUGCUGAAACUAGUUUAAGCACUGGAAAAAUAUUUAAAGACGAAAAUGCAUUUAGCUUUGCAAAUCCUAUGUAUGAUCCGAACGCAAAUAGUGUGCCAACGUAUAAAGUUGAAGACGUCAUGGUACAUGUCGAAACAGGAAGUUCUUUUAAGCUACGAAAAUCAACCUUGUCUGAAUUUUGGGAUUCAUUUAAGAGCGGAUAUAAGUUGAGGAAAGAAGUAUCGAAGAUCAUAUGGAAACAAAUGUUGGCGAUUUUCCUUUGCUACUUCGUGACGCUGAGCAUAUACCCGGGAGUACUUUCCGAUCUAGUCAGCCCGAGAUUUGGCACGUGGAUGCCCGUACUCGUAAUGACUGUAUUCAACCUAUUUGACCUUAUGGGAAAGUUAUUGGGAGCUUAUUCCUACGAACGAUGGGAUGACAAAAUACUGAAGAGCACCAAAAAACGUCUGUUCAUGAUUCCCGCCAUUCUUCUAAUCGUAUUAGUUCAACAUCCAUUCCACACGAAAAUCAUCAGUGAAUUCAUGAUUGUUCUGCAAACGGCCGUGCUCGGCGUUACCAAUGGCAUCACCGGCAGCGUUCCAAUGAUUUUCGCGCCGGCAAAGGUCGUCGAAGAACGACGAGAACUUGCAGGUAACAUAAUGACGAUAUCGUACAUAGCCGGUACGACGGCGGGUAGCGUGUUCGCUUACGUGCUGGACCGGUUCAUACACUACGAGAUCGGCUUCUCGGUCAGCUGGUCCGGCAGCGAUUACCACAAGAUGUUGGCCGCCGGAGCCUCGAUGGUGGAAUCCAUGGAGCAUUUCAACAGCAGUAUCCUCCAAGACAUAAUAUUGGACUUGGGCAACGACACAGGGUCGCCGCCUCUGCAAUCGACGGUCGGGAGUAUCGGCAAUCUGCUGCUGUCGCGGUCGGCCGGCAUCAAUUCGACGACGAACGCGUUCCCGGGAUAA